AAUAGCUCACAGAAGUGUGCUUGUCUUUAGCACUCAGAUGCCCAACUCCCAAUGGGGUCUAAACCCAAAUAAAUCCGUUUUACCCUGCAUAAAGCUUAUGCAGGGCAAACUCAUAAAUUGUUCGCCCUCUAUAACACUGAUAGAGAGAUAUGCACAGCUGUUUGCUCCCCCAGGUAUUAAUACAUACUCUGAGUAAAUUACUAAAUAAAAAGUGAUUUUAUUAAAUACAGACAGUAAGAUGUAAGUGGUUCCAAGUAGUAACAGACAGAACAAAGUAAGUCACCAAGCAAAAUAAACUAAAAUGUGCAAAUCUGCCUAAUCAAACUGAAUACAGAUAAUCUCACCCUCAGAGAUGCUUCAGUAAGUUUUUUCUCAGACUGGACACCUUCCAGGCCUGGGCACAAUUCUUUCCCCUGGUACAGCUCUUGUUCCAGCUCAGGUGAUAGCUAGGGGAUUCUUCAUGAUGGCUCCUCUCUCCCCUUUGUUCUCUUCCACCCCUUUAUAUAUCUUUUGCAUAAGGCGGGAACCCUUUGUCCCUCUGGGUUUCCACCCCCCCUCACUGGAAAAGCACCAGGUUAAAGAUGGAUUCCAGUUCAGGUGACAUGAUCACAUGUCACUGCAAGGCUUCAUUGCCCACUUGCCAGCACACACACAUACAGGAAGACUAACAGGUAAGCACAGCCAUCUGCAGACAAGUUAUGUUUUAUAUUUCUAGUUUUAGAUACAAGAGUGGUACAUUUCUACAAAUAGGAUGAUCACACUCAGUAGAUUAUGAGCUUUGUAAUGAUACCUUACAAGAGACCUUUUGCACGAAGCAUAUCCCAGUUGCAUUAUAUUCACUUAUUAUCAAAUCUUUAUAAAACUAUCCCAGUUACAUUAUAUUCACUUAUCAUCAUGUUUUUAUAAAACCAUAUAGACUGCACAACGUCACACAUAGGACCCACCUUUACAAGCCCGGGGCAUUAAUUUACUGUGGUGGAGGCUACCGUUGCUGAGAGAAGCCCUACGUGGGAAUUAAGAUCAGUUCUGUAGACAAAAAGUAAGGGUAUCACUUUCCAUUUGCGUCUAGCCCAUCACGAUGACUAUCCCUGGUGCCUCCAAGAUCAAUUCCAUUAAGCAGUCUCUCAGAAGCAGCCCAGAACUUAGAAUGCAGGUGGCACUUUGCUCCCUUACGAAUUGCAUCUGGGCCCCAUGGCAGAUUGGCCCCACCUUGAGUGGGAUGCGUGGAUGCUUGUACCUGUUUUGGCAGCGCAGCAGUUAUCCUGUAUUUUCUCUUUUGUAAUGAUCUUUAUAAAAUCUCUGAUUCUUCUCUCUAAACAGACGGUUGAUGACGAGGCGAUGGCAGCAUAAAUGAAGAUCAAGUAAGGAAGGCAGAACGAUGCCCAAGGGUGGGUGUUCUAGAACACCACAGUCAGACGAUUUCUCUCUCCGCAACGACAUGGUGGAGAAACAAACGGGGAAAAAGGAUAAAGAUAAAGUUUCCCUAACCAAGACUCCAAAGUUGGACCGGAGUGAUGGCGGCAAAGAGGUGAAAGAGAGAGCUACGAAACGGAAGUUGCCUUUCACUGUUGGAACAAAUGGAGAUCAAAAAGACUCGGAUACAGAAAAGCAGGGUCCAGAGCGGAAGAGGAUUAAAAAGGAGCCUGCCACUAGGAAGCCUGGCUUGCUGUUUGGAAUGGGGCUGUCAGGAAUCAGGGCUGGUUACCCACUCUCUGAGCGCCAGCAAGUCGCCCUUCUUAUGCAGAUGACAGCAGAAGAAUCUGCAAAUAGCCCAGUAGAUACAACACCAAAGCAUCCCUCUCAGUCUACAGUGUGUCAGAAGGGAACUCCUAACUCUGCCUCCAAAACCAAAGAUAAAGUAAAUAAGAGAAAUGAGCGUGGAGAGACUCGGCUGCAUAGAGCUGCCAUCCGAGGAGAUGCCCGGCGCAUCAAGGAACUCAUCAUCGAGGGCGCAGAUGUCAACGUUAAAGACUUCGCAGGCUGGACAGCAUUGCACGAGGCAUGUAACCGGGGUUACUAUGAUGUUGCAAAGCAGUUGCUUGCUGCCGGUGCGGAAGUCAACACAAAGGGGUUGGAUGACGACACCCCGCUGCAUGAUGCAGCUAAUAAUGGGCAUUUCAAGGUGGUAAAAUUGUUGUUACAUUACGGAGGGAACCCUCAUCAAAGCAACAGGAAGGGAGAGACGCCUUUAAAAGUCGCUAAUUCCCCCACCAUGGUGAAUCUCCUCCUGGGAAAGACCACCUAUCCGUCUAGUGAAGAGAGCUCAACAGAGAGCUCGGAGGAGGAGGACGCCCCUUCAUUUGCACCUUCCAGCUCCGUCGAUGGCAAUAACACAGACUCUGAGUUUGAAAAAGGCUUGAAACAUAAGACCAAGAGUCAAGAGCCCCCCAAAACAAUCACGCCGGUAAAGGAUGAAUAUGAAUUUGAUGAGGAUGAUGAGCAGGACAGAGUCCCGCCUGUCGAUGACAAGCAUUUGCUGAAGAAGGAUUACAGGAAAGAGACUAAAGCAAACAGUUUUAUUUCCAUACCCAAAAUGGAAGUAAAAACCUAUACUAAAAAUAACACAAUUACACCAAAGAAAGCUGCCCAUCGCAUCCUGUCAGACACGUCGGACGAAGAGGAUACCAGUGUAGCCGUGGGGACUGGCGAGAAGCUGAGACUAUCGACUCACUCGAUACUGCCCAGCAGCAAGACUCGAGAACCCUCCAAUACCAAGCAACAGAAGGAGAAGAAUAAAGUGAAAAAGAAGCGGAAAAAGGAGACAAAGAGCAAAGAGGUUCGGUUUGGCAAAAAAAAUGACAAAUUUUGUUCCUCUGAAUCAGAGAGUGAAAAUUUGGAGAGUGAGGAGGAUGAUAGAGACUCUGUGCAAAGCUCUAGCUGUGUAAAGGACUCUAGGCUAGUGCUAAAGGAAUCCUCCUUGUUCAACUCUCUGUCUGCCUCUUCCACCUCUUCUCAUGGGAGUUUAGCUUCACAGAAACAUAACCCUAAUCUUACAGACCAGCACUCCAAGCACUGGAGGACAGACAAUUGGAAAACCAUAUCUUCUCCGGCAUGGUCAGAUGUCAGUUCCUUAUCAGACUCCACAAGGACGAGACUGACAAGUGAGUCAGACUAUACGUCGGAGGAUUCGAGCUUACAGUCGUUAAAGCCAGUUAGAAAGAAGCAGGAGCACAAAAAGAAAAAUAACUCUCACAAUACUGUCUCUGAGAAGAAGAAUUCAUUCCAUGCCAAUGUGGACGGAGCAAUUCCAAAGCUGGAUAAGGAGGGGAAGAUUGUUAAAAAGCAUAAAACGAAACAUAAACACAAAAACAAAGAGAAGGGACAAUGCCCGGUCAACCAAGACAUUAAAAUAAUCAAAACUUUUUCUUUUGAAUAUGAGGACUCUAAGCAAAAGCCUGACAAGGGUUUGAUAGAGACUGAAAGUCCAAGUGAAAAUAAAUUAAAAGUGUUAAAACAUGAGAGAGAACACUGUAAGAAGGAAGAAAAGCUACUGAAAAGUAAAUCGGAGGAGAAGGAGUGGUUGUUUAAAGAUGAGACUGGAAAAGCCUCCAAAGAAGAGAAAUCAUUAAAAAAAGUCAAAGAGGGGAAUAAAGACAUCAGCAAAUUUUUCAGAGAGGAGAAGUCGAGUAAAGAGAAACCGAUAAAGGAGAAGUCUCCCAAAGAGGAGAAACCUAGAAUACACAAGGAGGAGAGAAAGAAAAAAUCAAAGGACAAGCCAUCAAAAUCUGAAAAGAAGAAUGAUCUGAAGGAGGAAAAAAUUACUAAACCGGAGAAAGAAAAAACCUUCAAAGAGGAGAAAGAAAAAUGUAAAAAAGAAAAAGUUUACAAAGAAGAGCCUGGAUUUGAUGAGUUUAGUAACAAAAGCCAAUUGCUGGAAAGUGAGGACACAAAAUUCAGCCUUUCUGAUGAUCAGCAAGAGAGAUGGUUUUCUGAUUUGUCAUCUGAUUCGUCCUUUGAUUUCAAAGGCGAGGAUAGCUGGGAUUCUCCAGUAACAGACUUCAGGGAGAUUAAAAAUGACGGUAUGGCAAAACUUAUCAUAGACAUUAAAGACAAGAAAAAGGAGAAUAAAACAAAGGAAAAGAAAGAAUACAAUGAAAAACGCAACGAAAAGGAUACAUUCUUAAAAAAGAGAGAGAGAGAAAGCGUCGACAAAAAUCCUGAGAAGAAAAAGGACCAAACUGAAAAGCAUAAAGUCACUCCUAGUUAUCUGCCUGAAAAGGACAAGAAAAGGAAAGAUUCUGCAGAAAGCAUUAAAGAGAGAAAGGAAAAAGAUCCAGGUGAAAUCAACAAAGAGAGAAAAGAUUCCUCUGAUAGCUGUAAAGACCGAAAGGACAUAAAAAUUAAACAAGAGGAGCCCUAUCGAGAUGAGUUUAAAGAAUAUGGUUGUGAAACAUUAUUCAAGGAGAAAUCUGACCCUGAAUUCAGUGGAAAAAAUGUGGAGAGUGGGGAAAGGCACCAUUCAGGGAAAGAUAAGGAGAAGAAAGAUGCUCCUGAUAAGGACAAGAAAGAGAAACUGAAAGCAGAAAAAUAUAAGGAGAAAUCCAAAGAAGCAGAUAAAGAGAAAAAUGAAAAAGUUGUUGCUGAGAAAAACCAGAAAGACAAAGAACUGGAUAAAAGCUUUAAAGAGAAAAAAGAUACUAAGGAGAAAUACAAGGAUCUGCAUAACAAAGACAAAGAAAGGAAGACUUCUUUUGACUAUAUCAAAGAGAAGAAAGAGAAAAACUUCUCUGGAGAUAGAGAGGACUUCUCUGAGAAAAGAGAUGAGAAAAAAGGAAAAGAGAAAAGCUGGUACAGCAUUGCAGAUAUCUUCACAGAUGAAAGCGAAGAUGAGAAGGAUGACUACAGCUUAAGCGGAUUCAAAAUUGGUGAGGCCAUUGGGAGUGAAUUGCAUCGAAUGGACAGUCUACAAGAAAAAGAUGAUAGCAUGGCUGCUGAAAAGGAACUUUAUCUUGCCGACAAGCACAGAAAGUACUCUUCUGACAGGCAACAUUCAGGAGAGAAACAGAAAGAUAAAGACUCUAAAGAGAAGAAAAAGGAUAAAGGAUUAGCAGAAGGUGGGAAGGAGAAAAAAGAGAAAAGUUUCUUUGAAAAACACAAAGAGAAGAAGGAUAAAGAUUCUGCUGAGAAGUAUAAAGACAGGAAAGACAGAACCUCAGUAGACUCCACCCAAGAAAAGAAAAACAAGCAAAAGCUCCCUGAAAAGGGCGAAAAGAAGCAUGCUGCCGAAGAGAAGGUAAAAAACAAGCAUAAGGAAAAGAUGGAUAAAGAACAUUCCAAAGAAAAGAAAUCUUCAAAAGGAGGAGAGACAGAGAAGAGCCUGUUGGAAAAAUUGGAGGAGGAGGCCCUCAAUGAAUAUAGAGAUGACUCCAAUGAUAAAAUAAGUGAGAUUUCUUCUGAUAGCUUCACAGACAGAGGACAAGAACCAGGACUAACCAACCUCUUUGAGUCUUCUAACCUUUCUCUUAUGGAUGCCUCUGAGGAAAAGUAUAAAGAUUCUCUUCCUUUGCCCUGCUUGCAAGACAAACUCAAGGAGAAGGAGAGGCACAGGCAUUCCUCAUCUUCAUCAAAGAAAAGUCACGAGAAAGAGAAAGCAAAGAAGGAAAAAACAGAGAAAAAAGAGAAAAUGGAUGAAUUUAAAGACUCCAGCAACAGAAAAGAUUCCAGUCAGUAUGAAAAAGAAUUCUCUGUGGAUGGGGAGACUUUUGGCAUUUCCUACAGCAUGAAAGCAGAGGUUGAGGAAGAACUGGACAAAAACAUUGACUAUUUGUUUUCUGAAAAGAAAGAUAAAAAUGAUCCUGAGAGAGAGCUCUCAAAGAAGGCAGAAAAGGAAAAGACUUAUGGUUCCAGUACCAUCAGCACAGUCAAAGAGAAGAAGAAGAGAGAAAAACACAAGGAAAAAUGGAAGGAUGAAAAGGAAAAGCAUAGAGACAAACAUACAGAUGGAUUCUUUAAACAUCACAAAGAUGAGACGAAGUCUGUGGUUAAAGACAAGGAUAGCCCUCAAGUUAUCACAUUCAAAGAUAAAUCAAAGGAGGAGAACCUCAAAUUUAGUGAAACCAAACUGAAGGAGAAACUCAAGGAAAACCAAGAGAAAGACAAAACAGAGUCUCUAAAGAUCAGUAAUGGAAAUGAUAAAAUAACAUUGUCCAAAGAUGGUAGCAAGAAAGAUAACAGGCCUAGAGAGAAGCUUCUGGGUGAUGGUGAUCUAAUGAUGACCAGCUUUGAGAGGAUGCUGAGCCAAAAAGACCUGGAAAUUGAGGAGCGCCACAAAAGACACAAAGAGAGAAUGAAGCAAAUGGAGAAGAUGAGGCACAGAUCUGGAGAUCCCAAAUUAAAAGAUAAAAUUAAAACCUCUGAAGAGAUGCGUAAGAGGAGUCUGGAUUUGACCACAAAGAAACCACUAGCGCUAGAUACUCAGCUAAAGGACAAAAAGCUCAAAGAACUAGGUCCCCUGACUCCCAUAUUGUCACCAGAUAAUAAGCCACAGCCUGCUGUGGGGACAGAUUCAAAAGACUGGAUAACUGGCCCUCAGCUGAAAGAAAUUUUACCUGCUUCUCCCAGGCCAGAUCAGAACAGGCCGACAGGUGUUCCAGCUCCAGCUUCUGUAGUUUCUUGUCCAAGCUAUGAAGAAGUGAUGCAGACACCAAGAACUCCUUCGUGCAGCAAUGAAGAUUACACAGAUUUGAUGUUUGAUUGUGCUGACUCUCAGCACUCUCUGCCCAUAUCCACAAUGUCCAUGAAUGCAUGUUCUCCAUCCUUUUUUGACAGAUAUGCAAAUGCUUCGAGUGGACUCCCUGACAAUCCAAGUCAGACUCCAACAAGGACGAUACCCUCCACAAACCUUUAUCGUUCAAUCUCUGUAGAUAUAAGAAGGGUCCCUGAAGAUGAGUUCAGUGCUGGAGACAAGUUUUUCAGGCAGCAAAGUGUCCCAGCAACAUCAAAUUAUGAUUCUCCAGUGCAGCAUUUGAUGGAGGAAAAAGUCCCUCUUCCUUCUGUUCCUCCAGAAAAGUUUCAGUGUAUGUCUCCAGGGUAUUAUUCAUCUGACUAUGGAAUUCCAUCACCUAAAGUAGAAACUUUGCAUUGUGCACCUGUUGGCAAUGUUGUCCAAUCAUCUGAAAGCAUCUUUUCUGGUUUACAAGCAAAAUCCUCCCCCUCUCAUAGAGACGAGCUGCUUGCACCUUCUGUCGAAAGUGCUCUUCCCCCUGAUCUUGGCAUGCCUUUGGAUACCACAGAAGAGCAGCAAGCUACUGCUUCUAUUUUGCCACCAGAGUCUACCUUUUUACCACCUAUUGAAGAAAACCAUUUUAGUUCAGGUAUUUCAGAGCAGAACAAUAUGGACUGGGAUAACCCUCCUUCCAGAAACCCUGAUCCUCCCAUGCCUCCUAGCUUAAUUGGUAAUCCAUCUGACCACCCUGUCAGCUGGUCAGUGGGAUCGGAACUUCUAAUGAAAUCUCCCCAGAGGUUCCCUGAAUCCCCUAAGCCAUUCUGUUCACUGGACCCAAUACAUCCUGCACCCGUGCCCUUUAUUUCUACAGAUUCUCCAUACCCAGUUUCUCCUAUUUCAUAUCCAUUGUCAGUAUCUGAACCGGGGCUGGAUGAAGUAAAGGAAGAUGCUGAAGAAGCAGUUCCAGGAGAAAUGGCAACUGCAGAAGAGCAAGCUCCUUACAUGUCCCCUACUAGACUAGACACUUUCUUCACUAACUGCAAGCCUCUUCCAGAAGAAACUCCCGAGAUGCCUUCAGACCCCCCUUGCAUGGCAACAGAAACUCAGGCGGAGGCUGUUAACACUCUGGAAAACAGUUACUUGGAAAACAGUAGCAUUGCACCUGUAAACCUGGAAGAGCCAGUAACGUGGCCUGAUCCAUUCACAAACUCAGAAGAUGACUUAGACCUUGGUCCCUUCUCGUUGCCGGAAUUGCCGCUCCAAGCUAAAGAUGUUCCAGAUGCUGAACUGACUGAAGUGGCACCGAUUGAAGAAAGCUCAGUAGCUGCCCCGGAAGUCAUAAACGUGAGUGCGUCUGUCGCAGCUUCCAGGGAGCAGGAGGAGCUACCGCUUAAUCAGCCAAGUAACUUACUGGCUGUGGAACCAGAGCCACAGUCUGAGGAACAAAAAUCGGAAGGGAUUGCACCAGACGCUACCUCGGAAGCAUUGAAUGUACCAGAAGAGAAAAGGUUAGACGAGUCCGAGGCACAGAGUUUUCAACAGACUGCAUCAAUAGAGCUUGCUCAGCCAGAGAAACAAGAGUCAGAAACAAACCAUGAAGAAUUGCCCUCAUCAAACUGUGCAGCGGAGAGUGGAUCUCAAAGCAGCUUGGCACAAGCAAACACUGCUGAGAGUGGGAUCGUGCAAGACACUGCUGCAGUACGAAGUGGGAGCCAAGUCUCUUCCACCCACACAGACACACCCCAAGGGACUACUCCAGUAGACACCAUAGAGCCAGUACAAAAACCAGUAGCAGAAGUUUCCAAACCACCCAAAAUAGAAGAGAUCCCACAACGAAUUACCAGGAACCGGGCUCAAAUGCUGGCCAAUCAAAACAAACAGAACACUGCGCCUUCUGAGAAAGAGUUCCCUCCGGUUUCUGCACCUGCCACACGUGCAAAAGGGCGAGUGACCGAGGAAGACGAUGCUCAAGCCCAACAUCCACGUAAACGCAGGUUCCAGCGUUCCAGCCAGCAGCUACAGCAGCAGAUUAACACGUCCACCCAGCAGACGAGAGAGAUGAUACAGCAAACACUGGCAGCGAUUGUAGAUGCCAUAAAACUGGACGACAUUGAGCCCUAUCACAGUGACAGAUCAAACCCGUACUUCGAGUAUCUUCAGAUCAGGAAAAAGAUUGAAGAGAAGCGGAAAAUCCUCUGCUACAUCACUCCCCAAGCUCCCCAGUGUUACGCUGAAUAUGUCACCUAUACAGGGUCCUACCUGCUGGAUGGCAAGCCACUAAGCAAGCUUCACAUUCCAGUGAUUGCCCCCCCUCCGUCGCUCGCGGAGCCCCUGAAGGAACUCUUCAAGCAGCAGGAAGCAGUGAGGGGGAAGCUGCGACUCCAACACAGCAUAGAGCGGGAGAAGCUGAUUGUUUCAUGCGAACAGGAGAUCUUAAGAGUUCACUGUCGGGCAGCAAGGACCAUUGCUAACCAGGCAGUGCCCUUCAGUGCUUGCACCAUGCUGCUGGACUCCGAGGUCUAUAACAUGCCUCUAGAAAAUCAGGGAGAUGAAAACAAAUCCGUCAGAGAUCGUUUCAAUGCUCGCCAGUUUAUUUCCUGGUUACAAGAUGUGGAUGACAAAUAUGAUCGAAUGAAGACGUGCCUGCUAAUGCGACAGCAGCAUGAAGCCGCUGCCUUGAACGCGGUGCAGCGAAUGGAGUGGCAGCUGAAGGUUCAGGAGCUGGAUCCAGCGGGCCAUAAAUCCCUCUGCGUGAACGAGGUUCCCUCGUUCUAUGUGCCGAUGGUUGACGUCAACGAUGACUUUGUGCUCUUGCCGGCAUGACAAUACAAAACCAGGAGACAUUCUCCCUGAAAACUGGCAAGGGCGGGAGCCCUCCGAGGACGGAUGCUCGAGCUCACGUUCAUCCUUACCACUUGCUGAUGAAUCCCUGGUCAGAGGAGGAGGAAGCAUCUAUCGGCAGAAAACAAAACAGUAAGAAAAAUAAUUGCACUUUCUUCACGACGUCUCCCUCGCUUCUGGACUGAUCACAGCUACGCCAGGCAGCGGGAGUGGGGGAACGCAUCUCCUUUCAAACCGGUUGCUGCAGCAGAGGGCAGCCAGCCUGCACACAGCCGUGAGCGUCUGAACGGACAAGGGGGAGAGAGACUGACGGAGGCAGGGAGGAGAAAAGGUUCAAGGACACGUGUAUUGCAGAAGCUGCUGAACGGGGCCAGCACUCAUGCAGUUCAUGGACGUGUGAACAUGGCGAUUUCAAGCUCUUUGUUUUCCAUUUGUCCGCAGAUCUCCUCUCGGAGAAGCUGCAGAGGAGACGGUGGGUUUUUUAUAUUUCUCGUUCCAUCCUGGUUACGGCACAAAUUAAAAGCAAAACUAAAAGGAAGCAUCCUGCUUUCCCAGCUGCGGUUCUGGAGGUGCAAACGGCUGCAGCUCCGGACCCCGGACGCCUUCCGAGUCGUCACAAAGUAGCUGCUCGUCACCACGCUUGGAUGAGUGAGGAGGCCCCUGGCACGUUAUGCGCACGUGACUAGUACGGUGAGUGUCUACCGCGAAAAGGGUGACGGAGAGCAAGGACUUUGCCGAUCAUGUUUUUAAUGGAGUAAAAUCCAUGUGGUUUAUAUAUAUUUUUUUCCUGUAAUCUUGGGCAUUUCGUUUCUCUUUCUGAGAACAUAACUUGAAAACACUACAGAGCCAAUACUCAUAUAAAGAAAAUUGUAUCCCAUAAAUGCUGUACAGUUUUUAUAUACAUUAACAAUGUACUUUUGCUGCCUUCUAGAUAAUUUAUUUUGCAACACAUUACUGCACAGUUGUAAAUAACUUAUGUACUGUAACAUCACUUUCAGUUAUGUGUAAAGAAAUAAAUAAAUUAAUUAAAAUUAUCUUUGUAUGUAUAGUUCACCCUAGGCAGCACUUUCCCUCUCAAGGAAAAAAAUAAGGGCCAAAAUGGUGUGCAGUGUUCAGUAUUUCAAACCUGUCUCCUGAGAUUCAGGCCUUGCAAACUCACUCAGUCUGCAAUCCGUGUUGUGGAGAUCUCCAAGCGUUGACCUCUUCUUUUAACACAGUCUAGUUUUUUCCUUUUCCCUCUGCCCUUUUGAGUUCAGUGGAGUAUGAGACCACCUGCACAGAUUCGGAAGCUGUGCGUCAGAUUUAACGAGGAUUACUUGGGGGGCGGGGACAGGGGAGGAAGAAGGGGGGAUCCCAUUCUGACACAUGCUAGCUUGGGUCCUAGAGGAAUUUAGAAGAUGUUACUUGCAUAUUUGGGCUGAGAGAGAGAAAAUUUACCCAUUUCCUCAACCUGAGCUGCUGUCAUCUGAGGAGCCAGUGAUUCAGAGCCACAUGGCCUAGGGAAGGCGAGACAGCCUGGCAGUCAGGUGGCGCUUGGAGCCAUUUCUUCAUGGUGACCAGCCAUUCUAGUGCGCUGUUAGUAUUGUGACUUCUGGAUAAAGAAGCCAGUUGCUCUAUAAGUCAUGUAUGGAAAUAAACCACCACAGCUGGGAAGGUAACCGUGAGGGUGAGCUGGGGCCGAAAGAUGCUCUGGGGCCCCUGCAAGGCUGCAGCCAUUGGGCACCCAGCACCACUUCGCUUGUGGGAUCCUUUCGGCCUCGGUUUUCAGGGUGUGCUGAAUACCCUGGCAGGUGUCUGAGGCAUUAAUACGCAUGCUGGGGCCUAGCUGUGAUUGACUCCAGUUCCAUUGGCCCAGCGCUGCAGCAGUGUCCAAUCGUCCAGGGGUGCUGUGUGGAUCCGGUAGCCCUUGCUCUGAGGAUUCAGUUAGAUGUGGUCAGCAGGGGACGUACUGUGCAGGGCGAUGCACACGUCCUUCUUGAGCGUUUUCUUAGGGUGUUGGCAGGCAGGGCUUCAGGGCACUUCUGAGAGAGACGGAUUUGGCCAUUGGUCACGUGGCAGUCGGAAUGAGCCGCUGUUCUGGGUUAGUCAGGACUAAAGUGUGCUUGAUGCAGACUAGCUGAUCAGGUGGGGGGAGAGAAGGGACAUACCCCUGUGUCCCACCGCCUGUCUGGAGGCCACCUUCACCACGGCCCUGGGAGCGCAGAUUCCAGCCCAUCCUGUUCUGCGGCUUGUUCCUGGGGUUUGGGAUGUUGCACCCGCGCAGAAGCCAGCUGUCUGUCUCUGGUCUUGAGAGAGCAAAAGCUCUUCCUUGAGGAGCCAGAGCCUGGCAGGAGGCAUUCCAGAAACCUCCUUUGGUACCACUCAGCCAGCCACAGCGAGGAGGGGUUGUCCCUGGAAAGGCUGGGGGGAGAUUGCUCAGAAUUAAGCCCUCUGGGGCGUGCGGGGGUUCUGGUUGUGUAUUUAAGGAAAGAUUGUCCUCUGGCUCCAGCUCAGCUGGGGUGCGCACUGCAUUGUCUGGUUUGGACAGCCCCGGUCAGUAGGGAGCCGAGUGAAAUUGUAACUUCAGCUGGGAUGCUGGGUGGUGGCACCACGGCUGGUUCCAGAGAGGAUGGUAUUUGUUGAAUGUGUGGCUGUCAGUGAAGUCAUAAUGGAAACUGGACUUAAUGCAGCUGGCAAUGUUUGUACCCGAGCACAGACAUACAGGACAUGGCUGGAGGCAGAUGCAAAGUGCCUCUUCCAUGCCCUCUGGUCCUUGCUCACACCCAUGGGCCAGCUCACUCCAUCCUGUCUGGGCAUGUCAGCCAGCCAGCCAGCCCUGCUCCCUUUGCAACUGCAACAACUGGACUCUUUCUGUCUGCAGUGUGAAAGUGACCCAGGCAGGAUACUGCUAAAACACACUGGCUCACACAGUCCUGCGUGAAAUGAACAGGAAACAUGGGCACUAGCACAGCGGGGGGGCUGGGGUGUCAAAAUACAGGUACCCUGAGUGUGCUGCACCUCGUGCCCUGACGGGGGGUCCUGGACAGACACCCAUGCACCUGGCGGCCUGUCACUUGGUUACUUCAAGGCGGUUUUUAAAUGUUGCCAGGUGCAUGUGCUAGGUAAAGUCCAAUUCAGACACCAUUUAAAUUCCUGUUCAGCUUCCCCUCUCUCCUGGUGCCUGAGCUGCUGUGGGAGCAGGGGAGGAGCUCUGAGUAAUUCAAUGUGAGGGCUGCCUCCAGUCUUGGCUUCACCUUGCCGCUCCGCUCCCCUGUCCUUUCCCCUACUGUGCACUUUGGGGUGAGCAGCCUAGAUGGCAAAGCUGUGGAGUCGGAAGCCAAUGCUCGCCCGGUGCGUUGGGACCUGGGCUGCUCACCCAGGUAACACAGCAGGGUAGGGCCGAGAGCAGCAGGAGGGGGAAGAGACAGGGCUGGAGCAGGGGGAAGUCCGGAGUGGAAUCAGUCUCACGUUUAGCUAGUGGAGAAGCCAAAGCCGUGCUUGAUCCCAGUGGAGGAGGAGCAGCAGUUCUGGCACUUAGGGAGUCAGAGAAGCUGCCAAAUGGGGCAUUUCCCCUUGCUCAGCAUUCUCCAUUCAAAUUCUCACUCUGUCACCCACUGGCUUUUUAAACAGCUGCUGUUCUGGAGUGACCUGAUUACUUGAGCUGGGAACCACACAGCCUUGCGGCCUGCUGGAUCACCGCUUUCCUCCAGGCUGCUUCAGAAAAGCCAGUUGAAGCACAUUCCUGUAAGGUGAUUUUCCCCACUAACUUGUUGAAUUAGCACCCUCGGCCUGUUGGGGGUUGGGAUUCCAAAUCACAUCACACGCUGGGAUUGUUUUGGAGAGUUAGAAAGACUUACAGGGCCAGAUUCUUGGCUGGUGUAACCGCACUGGCUUCUCUAGGCUUACCCCAGUGAGGAGUGAGGCUUAUUGCAUGCAAAGCUAAUGAGGCGAGUGAUCUAUCACAGCAACUAGUUUCUUCUGACUACAUUGAGUUGGUGACUUAAGAAAUAAAAUCCCUAGCUCCCUUCCUAAGGCUGUACGGUGACAUGGGCAGGCUGUUCCCGGCCGUGUACAGCGUGGGUGCUCAGAGCCAUCUCACCCGGCUGCUGUGGUGUGUCAACGGGAGCUUUCUCUCUGCCUGUGCUGCGUACAAACCUGUCGGGGGGGUAUUCCCGGUGACUGGUACAAUGCAGGAGGAGCUGCUCUGUGCUGGGGAAUGUAUCGAUGGCCUACAGAGGGUCAGGAUUUGUAGCACCCCUGGAUGUAUUCGAACGUGUUUUUUAUUUAAACAUCGAGUCCUUUGUUUCCAGUGUUUGAGCCCGUCUGCUGCUUCUCUCUUCCUGUCAGGGCUAGGCUUUGCCUGAUGCAGUGGCUGGUUUUCUCCACUGGUAUUGCCAGCUAAAUUGCAGCAGACGCUUUCCAAGCAAGUGGAGGGGAAUUGCUGGCCAGACAAUUCUCCUGCUCUGUGGGGAGGGUACAGGAAUGUUUUUCUUUCUCUAGAACACAGGAAUAUGGCCACAAAUAACACUUCUUUUUUUAUUAAUUUCAAGCCCAGUUCUUUCUUUUGUUAAAUAACCAUCAGUUAAUCUGUAUAAGCAUGGAGAGACCUUUAAUCAUCAAUUUAAAGCAACAGUAGCAAAAGCAUUGUAUUAUCUUUGACACCUGUGCUCCGUGGAUUCAAGUCUCAACCGUGUAAAUUUCCCUCCUUGUAAUGCUUCUAUGAGACUGUAUAUAAAUGUAAAUAUCUCACAGGUCAAUUCACACCCUUCUAUUUGUACUAGUCCAACUUGCGUAGUAUGUGGGGUAAAACAGCGGCAAGAUUGCGUUGUCCGUAAUGUAACAAUGUAAUUUUUUUUUACAAUGUAGUUUGUGUACAUAUUGUUUGGCAGUGCUGGUGCUGCCGAUGCCACCGCUCUGCCGUGACACUGCUGUCCUUUCGCUGUACAACUUCCUGCAGACAGAGACAAAGUGAAUACAAAUGUUAUUUUCUACAGUUGCAUGUACA